ACUAGUGCCCUGCAACCUCAAUGUAAUGUCACAACUGCGAUGUCCAAACUUGUAAAUAGAAACUUCCACAUGGUGAACUGAUCUGGCCGAUAGUAAUUUAGACAGAGACAAACUCAAACCAGCUGACACUGGCAACUGCAUCAUGUGAUACCUCUUGGAGUAAUGGAGAGUCACAGAGAUCCAUUGUGUGACAUCAAUAGAACAAGUGUUUGUACCCUUAAAAAGAACACCAAGUCCAGACACAGAAGAUUCUCACUUUGAGGGAAAUGAGAAAGAGACGACAUGCACAGGAGCGAGAAUAGAGGAAGCAGGGAGUUUCAACCUGAGGACACCUCAAUAGAGGAUUCUGGUGAGUUUACAUCUUGCUUGGCCCAGGCGAACCUCAGUGGGCAGAAAAAGGACCCCUCGGUAGGUUGUGCUGUGGAUGUUCCAGAUCUGUCUUAUCGGAAUGAAGAUAUAAUGGCAGAGAGUUUAAAGCAACACAGGAAACAUGUGUUUGUGUUGAGCGAGGCAGGUAAACCCAUCUACUCGCGCUAUGGCAAUGAGGAGGCCCUUUCCUCAACCAUGGGCGUUAUGAUGGCGCUGGUCUCAUUCGUCCAAGCUGGAGGCAACACAAUUCAAUCUAUUUUUUCAGAUGAGCGUACGGUGGUGUUUUUGCAGAAGGGGCCGCUGGUGUUUGUAUCCGUUUCUGCCACUCGCCAAUCUGAGCAGCAGCUCCGCAGCGAGCUCCUCCAUGUUUAUCAUCAGAUAGUCAGCAUGCUCACGCAGGCCAGCAUAAAUCGCAUCUUUGAGCGCCGAAAGAACUAUGACCUACGCCGUCUGCUGUUUGGCUCGGAGAAGGUUCUGGACAGCCUUCUUGAUGUCAUGGAUUCUGAUCCCAGCUUCAUGCUGUCUGCGGUCCAGUGUCUGCCUCUGCCAUCCUCUUCCAGAGACGUUCUCAGUCACAUCCUACAGAAAGCCGUCACCCCAAAUCUGGUCUUCUCCUUUCUCAUUGCCAAUAACCGACUUGUCUCCAUCGUUCAGGAGAAGACGGUCUUGGAGGAUGCUAGACUAAAACCCAGUGACCUUCAUCUCCUCUUCAACCUCAUCAGGGCCAUUGCUUUUCAGGCUGGAGAGAUAUGGACGCCCGUCUGCCUGCCUCUGUUCAAUCAUGACUGCUACUUUUAUGCUUAUGUGGCAUAUCUAGACCCUCCCGAUUGUACUGUAUGCCUUGUUCUUCUGUCUACAGAUAAAGAAGCUUUUUAUGCCGUAGCACAGUGCAAAAGGAAAAUUGAAGAAGCUUUCACAUCCCAGAAUGCCUUGCAGUGUGUGGCAAACACUCAGAUGAGCUGUUUUAAUGAUAUCAGUGUAGCUAAUCUCAGGCACUUCCUGUACAAACCCUCAAAUGCACUAGAACACCAUCGCCAGCUGCCACAGUUCACAAGCCCAGAGAUGGAUGUGACAUACAGAACCCAGGAUGAGAGGAUACGUUUGCUGGAUCUGUAUCGCAACAUGCACAAUCGUAUCCACAGUACGUCACGGCCUCUUAAACUCAUCUACCAUUCUGCAGAAAGAGAAACUCUGCUGGCGUGGGUCACUAGCAAGUUUGAGAUGUAUGCCUGCUUUACUCCGCUUGUCACUAAGAAAUCAGCUAUCAGUGAACUCACUAAACUGCUGCGAUGGAUCAAAAAGGAAGAGGACCGUCUCUUUAUCUGUCAUCUCCCAAAAUACUCCACUACCCCACAGCCGGGCAGGAGUUCCUCAGACAAACCGAAUACAUCAGACACUGGCCUUCUGUCUCUCUUGUAGUCUUGUGCAACCUGUUUUACUAAUAUGUUUCAUGGUAAAUUCAGUGGGUUUGUUUUGAAUGGGAGAUGUGGCUGCGUGCAAUUAAAUGUCUUCCUUGUUUGUGGGAUUGUAGGUGGCAUGCUUCCUUAAUGAAGCUCUGAAAUUCAUGUUAAUUUUUCAGUUCAACUUUUGAGUCAUUGUUCUGUAAUUUGCAAUGACAGACUGUUGCAUUUUUUUUUUAUAUAUAUAUAUAUAUAUAUAUAUAUAUAUACACACACACACACACACACACACACACAUAUAUAUAUAUAUAUAUAUACACACUCAUCAAUGUUUAGUAUGUAAUAAUAAAUGUUUUUUUGAGCAGUAAAUAAGCAUGUUACAAUGAUUUUUGAAGGAUCAUGUGACAUUGAAAACUGGAGAAAGGGUUCAUGAAAAUUCAGAUUCGCCAUCACAGGACUAAAUUAUAUUUUAAAAUAAAUUAAAAUAGAAAAUAAAAAAGAAAACAACUGUGAAACUGUGGCCCACUUUAAUAACAAUGAAUAAAAAGCUGAAUUAUAUUCAAAAUCACCAUGGAUUUUCAUGCAUGCCACUUUAAAUCACAUUGGAGAUGUAUUUACUGGUAACUGCUUGUAAAAGUUGUUAACUGGGCAUGUGACACUCAGAUGUUACUCAUGUUUAUUCUACAGAUACAGUAAAAAGUUCAUUGACUUACAAACCUAA